GAAUUCCUUACAGCGGAUAGGCGCCGCCUGCCCGCGUCCCGCCACGCGAUUUGUUGGCGCGUAUCGCGAACCCCGCUCCCAUUGGUCAAUUGUGCCCGAAGCGACCGACGGGAGCCAAUCAGGGCAUUGCACCGCCUAUACGUGCUAGGAAAUUCCAAGCCGCUAGCGCGCGCCGCCAUCGCUCCCCGAGGCUUCUCCUCGGCUCCUCGUUCCGCCUCAGCCUCCUUUGCUUCUCCAUCGUUGUUGUCGUCUCCACCCCCCUCCUCUUCAUUCUCGUUCCUUUUCUUCGCCGCCCUCGCCUCCUGCCCGCGCGGAGCCGCCAAGGCCAGGCCUCCUGCCUCUCGCCCGGCAGCAGCGUCGCCAGCACCGCCAGCACCAUGUCUGAUCCGAGAGCAAAGGGGCAGCAGCAGCAGGUGUUGAACGGUAUUCAAAACGUCGCCAAUCACCGGAAGGAUGGGAGCAGCCACGGCGACUUUGAGACUUACCUGAGCAGUCAGACCGAGCAGAGCAGCAGCUAUGCAGCCGUAUCGGAGGCCUACGUGCCGGCCUACUAUGGCCCCUCGGUGGCCUUCUCCUCCUACUCGCUGAGCUCCGAGCCGGCCUGGUCCACGGCGGGCGCCGACCCGGCCGUGCCGUACAUCGCCCACCACUACGGGCCGCCGGGGGCCCUCGCCAACGGGGAUGCGCCGCUGUCCCACCACCACCACCACGUGUCGGCGCACGGGCACCCGCACCCGCACGCCCACUUCAUGGCCGACCCCGGCUACCUGGGUGGCGCAGCGACCGCCACCACCCCGGCGGCCGCGUACAUGAGCCAGCGGCAGCAGCACGCCUUCGGCUUCUUCCCCGGCGGGCCCGAAUUCGCGGCCUGGCUGAGGCCGUCGGGCGGCGGCGGGGCAGCGGGCGGCGUCGGCGGCCAGGGCGGCCUGCGCGGCUCGCCUGUGUCGUCGCCCAUCUCGGUGGCGUACGGCAGCGGUUACGCCUUCCCGCCCAGCUCGCUCGGCGGGGCGGCCGUCGUGGACCCACAGACCGGCUCGUUCGCCGGCGGCGUGAGCCGGGCGCCGGGCCAUGUCGGCGCCACCGCCUCCGCCGUAUCCGGUGGAGGAGGAGGCGGCGGCGGCGGCGGGGGGAGCCCCGGCGGCGUGGCAAGCGGCGUGGUUGUGCUACAGCAGGGCGUGGGCGGUCUCCGCAUCGGUGGAGACUCCCGCGAGCUGCCCGCCGGCGGGAAACCUGGCGCGCCACCGCCGGUGGCAGCCGGACCGGAUCUGGUGGCGCAGGCCGUGGCGGCGACGAGCGCGGCGGCGGCGCCGCAGGCCAAGCCAGCGCCGGCGUCCUGGGCGUCCAUCGCCAGCAAGCCGGCCCGGCAGCAGCUGGCGCCGAGGUCGGUGAAGGGCGGCGGCGGGGGCGGCGCGGGGAAGAUGGCCAGCGGGACGUCGGUGCCGCCCCCCCCCAUCAAGCACAACAUGGACAUCGGCACGUGGGACGGCAAGGGCCCGGUCAGCAAGGCCACGCCGCCGCCGCAGUUCGCUCAGCCCGCCGACGGAGCUCUGGCACUGGGGAAACCGCAGGGCGACGCCGGGCAGGAGCAGGCCCAGGCCUCGGCCUCCAUGUCGGUGGACGCCAUGCAGGUGUCCGCGCAGAUGUCUCACUCCAUGUCGCCGCCGCCACUGCCGCAGCAGCAGCAGCAGCAGCAGCCGGUACAGACCUUGCAGCAGCAGCAACAGCAGCAGCAGCAGCAUCAGCUGCAGUCGUACAUGAUGCAGCAGCAGCAACACCAGAACUUUCAGCAGCAAAGCCAUUACCAUCACCAGCAGCAACAGCAGCAGCAGCAGCAUGAACACCAGACUCUGCAGAAUGGUUAUUACGCGAUGAUGCAGCGCCAGCCAAAUAUCAACCCGGCUAUGCAGCCUCCGCAGGUGCAAGCACCGUUUCAAGAGCAUCAGCAGCAACAGCAGCAGCAACAACAACAUCAUCAGCAUCAACAGCAGCAGUCGGAUCGCUGGGUGGCUUCACGCAGCUGUGGGCCAGCAAUGCUAACUCAAAACGGGAGCCAGCCUGCUCCUAUCACCUCCUUGCCCCAGACACGGCACCAGCUCAACCAGCAGCAGCAGCAGGCUCCUCCUCGACAGAGCUUGCAGCAGCAGCAGCAGGUAACGGCACCGUCGUUUGCCGGCGACGGGAGUGGCGGCGGCGGCGGCAGCGCGCCUGGCAUCGGGGAGCCGGCGCCGGCUCCGCUACAGGCGCCGCCGCCGCUGCUGCUGGAGAAGCUGCAUUCGCACAACGGCUACAACCCGAGCGACUUCGACUGUAGCCCGCGUGACCUGCGGGCCUUUAUCAUCAAGAGCUACUCGGAGGACGACGUCCACCGCUCGGUCAAGUACUCCAUUUGGUGCAGCACCGAGCACGGCAACCGGCGGCUGGACGGCGCCUACCGCGCCAUGCAGGGCAAGGGCCCCGUCUACCUCCUCUUCAGCGUCAACGGCAGCGGCCACUUCUGCGGCGUGGCGCAGAUGACCUCGCCCGUGGACUACCAGACGUGCGCCGGCGUGUGGUCGCAGGACAAGUGGAAGGGCAAGUUCGAGGUGCAGUGGAUCUUCGUGAAGGACGUGCCCAACUCGCAGCUGCGCCACAUCCGCCUGGAGAACAACGAGAACAAGCCGGUGACCAACUCUCGCGACACGCAGGAGGUGCCGCUCGACAAGGCGCGCCAGGCGCUGCGCGUCAUCGCCGCCUUCCGCCACACCACCUCCAUCUUCGACGACUUUGCGCACUACGAGCGCCGGCAGGAGGAAGAGGAGAGCCUGAGGAGAGACAAGGUGAGGGCGGCAACCAACGCCAACAACGCCGCCGCCAACGCCGCCGCCAACGUCGCCAACGCCGCCGCCGGCGCCGCCGGUGCCGCCGCCAACGUCGCCAACGCCGCCGGCGCCGCGUCGGGGCCCGCCCGGCGCCGCCCCCCGCGGACGGCUCGCCCCCGCACGGACGGCCGCUAGAGCGACGGUGCUCACCGGUCCGGGCGGCACGCGCGAGGCGCGGCGCAAGCGCAGCGAGCGAUGGCGAGGGUGGCCGGACCUGCGGGCGGGGGGGUUGGUUGCUGGAGGUCGCUCUCUGCCGUCGGGACACGAGGGGAGUCCCCGGCAGGGUCGCCACCGCUCUCUCUGCUCGUCCUGCUAGAGACGCUACCCACGGUGGCCACUGGCCGCGGAUUGUUUUGUGUUCGCUUCGAGUUCUUUGCGUCCCUGCCCCAUCUUCUCCCCCUUUCCCCUUCGUGUGUGUGCGCGCGCGCGCGUGUGUGUGCACGUGCGUGCUUGUGUGUGCACGUGUGUGUGCACGUGUGUGUGCACGUGUGCGUGCGUGCGCGCUUGUGCAUGUGCGCGUGUGUGCGCGCGCGUGCGUGUGUGCCACAGCAGCACGGGGUGAGCCGGUGGCGUCUGUAGCGAAGGAGGAGGGGGCGGAGGGUGACACUCGGAGUGCUGUUUGGAGUGUGGACCGAGUCACUCGUAAGCGUAACUUAUAUCCCCCCAGCCGACGGUGAAGUUGCGUUUUUUUUUCGCCGUUUUACUUUUAUUUUGUACUUUGGAAGUUUCCGUUUUUCUUUUGAUUGUCUCUCAAGUACUCCUCACGUUUUCACUGUAACCGACUGUACCCGUAACGUCAUAUUUACGCAUCUUUGUAUUUUAUUUCGCUUGGGGACACGCGGCAGGGGGGAGGGGCGAGAGAGAAGCGCGGCAGCUUUCCAGAGGGGGGGGUGUGGGGAGCCAUCUUAAAUGUGCGCGCAAUCGACCAGUGACGAGGAGGACGAGGUGGCGGACGACGAGGCGGAGGAGGGCGGCGGUGGUGGCUGCAUCUCCGGUUGCCCGCGUCGCUUUGCCCGUGUUUGUAGAGGUUUUCACGUGUGAUUGUAAGCAAUGUUUAACAGAAAAAAACAAAAGCAAUUGUCUGCCGUUACAAAUUAUAGUCAAUAAUAAUGAUGAUCAGAAAACGGGAAGCCUAACGGGCUGCGUUGUCGCAGUCCUGGACUGUUGGUCUGUCAGGGAAAAAAAUAAUUGACAGACCCUCUGCUAACGGUGGCUCCGGUUGGACGGAGAACGGAGAGAGCGCCGCCCCGAGAGAGAGAGAAGGGAAGCGAAGAGCCGGGAGGAGAGAGGGAAGCGUUUCGCCUCUGCUGCCCCCUGGAGACCGUUCGACCGCCUGAGCCGCGCAUUCCGACGCUCCCCGUGAGCGGUAAUUAUCCAGCAGCGGCCGCACGCCAGCCGGCGGGCCAGACAGGUCGACGGCCGGACAGGUCGACGGCCAGAGCAGCUCACCCUCGCCAAACAUCGUCCACCAUGAGCCUUCCUGCCCCCCCAAAAAAAUAAACCCACGAGCCCCUCCCCCGAGAUGAAGACAAGUGUUGAGCAAUGUUACAAUUUCCCAACAAUGAAGACUUCCAGUGUUUAAUUAGACCUCCCCCUCUACCAACUCGUUUGAGGUAUUCGCAGUACUGUACUGGAUAUUGCCUGUAAUAAAUGUACUGUACUUAGACCAAAA